AUGGCUUCCGUGAAGAGCAUGAUCGCUGCGGGCCUCCUCGCUGCGCCUUGCGCCGACGCCUUCGUGGCACCGGGAGCCUCCCACGCCGUCACCAGCCUUCGAGGCUCAACAGCUGUGAAGGCUGAGUCCAGCUUCAGCACCUACCAGUACUCGGCGCUGGCCGUCUCAGCCACGACGGGCGCUGCAGUGAUGGCUUUGUGGGCACCAAGAAGCCGACUGCCCGCAAGACCGUGGCUUGCAAGUUCAGCCCUGAGGCACAGGUUGGCGUCACUGAGCCCUUGGGAUUCUUUGAUCCGGCCGGUUUCUGCAAGGACGAGGCUUCCUUUAAGGAUUUGCGAGCCAAGGAGCUCAAGCACGGCAGAUUGGCCAUGA